AUGUGGCAACGCCUCAGGUUCGACAGGUUGUCCUCUUCGGUGCGACGCACGAACUUGAAUCCCCUCAAACCAUGUGCUGCUCUGACCGAGCAGCGUGCCGAACUGCGCAAUCUACAUCAAUACCCCACUGCCCGACACAAAAGUUUAGUUAAAGAUCGCCUCCGCUUCGCACGAAACUGGUGGUUGACGGGUGGAAAUAAUUAUGAAUUAGUUCACGAGGUGGGUCACGAACGAGAGGCAACGGAGUGCUUCGCCGAAUACGCUCAGGACUCCAGCAGGGACGUUUAUUUGAUGUCAACGAAUAGACUUAGCGAUUUACCCCCCGGGGACAGACUUAAAGCAAUUGUGGGUCUUAUGCGCUCCCGUUGGGAAGUGAAAGAUGCUAACCGCGGUUAUGACAAAGCCAAAUUGCUACUCCAGGCUUUGGAGUGCUUUAGUGAAAUGAAGGCGUCUGGCCAAAUUGGGGACUUUAACUCGCUUCCAGAACCAGACCAAGAUACUUUUCUGCAGUACGUUGAGGGUUGCUCGCGGUUUGCUCAAGCAUGCUCUCAUUCCCAUCCCGAUGCCGUGAGGGUUCUGCUUCGGGCAGCUCAAAUUUGUGAGGAGAUGCGUUGUGUUGAGAAAAGGGAUGAAAUGAUACAGGUGACGGAAGCAGCUGCCAAUCGAAUGGACAGGGCGUAUGCCUUUAGUCGUCCCCACGAUACUUUGCGUGCUGCGCCUCCAUCGUUGCAUGAAAACGAGGAUUGUGUUCGGUUGAAGAAUACCGAGGAGCUGAGGCGACGAUUUGGGAAUACUGCUCCACACGUGCUAGAGAAGCCCAAACGUGUGGACUGCCUCCGCAUACAUCGCAAUCGGCCUCUCCUUUUGCAUCCUAUGAAGGACAACAACAAACUGUUGGAGCUAUCAAAGUUACCCGCGAGGCCAGAGUUUGAUUCGUGGACUUCCCAUCAAACUUAG